GCAAUCUUCAACCUCAAUCAAACCUCUCCAAAUUUCAAUCACGUAGUCACUCAAUUCGCUCCUGAAACCCUAGAUUUUCAAGUCCUAUCAUGGCCUCAAGAAAGUUCGAGGGCAUCGCGAUGCUGUCAAUGUACGACGACGACGACAUGGACGACGCUGAAGAACACGGAAAUCAAGAAAACCACGGCGGCGGCGAUGCGUCCGUGCUGGUUGUGGAUGCAACGGCGGCCGUUGAUUCUGGUAACGACGAUAAUGCAACGAGCGGUUUGGAUGAUGAGAACUUGUCCCGGAGUAAACAGCAGCUGUCUCAGGCUGUGGCGCUGGAGAAGUUGAGUCUGAGAGGGACGCUUGUGGACUAUGGCCAUGAUGAAGUUGCUAUGUCUCCAGAGCCUCAGGAGGGUGAAAUUGAUGGAGGUGGACGCAUUGUGUCUGCGAACGGUGAUUCACGCGAUAAGACACCGCAGGGAACUCUUCAAAUAUCUGAGCCAUCACAAUCUGAUGCAAUGAAUGGGACUGUGCUUGAAUCAGAUGGUAGAAAUACUACAGAGGCUGUUGCAGAGGAUAAGAAAGUUGAUCCGUUAGAUAUUUUUCUUCCACCACCUUUAAAGCUCAAGUGCUCAGAGGAGCUGCAAAGAAGGAUUCAGAAGUUUCUUGAAUUAAAGAGAGCAGGGAAAAGCUUCAAUGAAGAAGUGCGGAAAAAGAAAGACUAUAGGAACCCAGACUUUCUAUUGCAUGCGGUGCGGUAUCAAGAUAUUGAUCAAAUAGGUUCAUGCUUCAAUAAAGAUGUAUUUGACCCUCAUGGAUUUGACAAAAGCGACUACUAUGAUGAAAUAGAGGCUGAUUCUAGACGUGAACUGGAGAGGAUUAAUCAAGAAAAAAGAAUCGUCAGAAUCAUGAAUUUGUUUCUGGUGGAAGACAAUCUACAGUAGUUGGUGCUGCACCUAAACUUAACGUACCUCUCUCAGGUAUAACCAUGGAUGCUACCGGGUUGAACUCCUUGCCACCUGCUGCUGAUAUCAUCCCUCGGGACGGUAGACAGAAUAAGAAGACGAAGUGGGAUAAGAUAGAUGGGACUCAUGCAACACUAUUAUCUUCUGCUAAUGCUGGUGGAUACACUUUGGGGCAUCAGAAACAAAGAGAGGUGGAGGAGGAGAUCUAGCGAAAGGAAGUUAGACAGAAGAUCUUGAGCCAUUGUAAUUCUUCUUGGCAAAUCACAUACAACACCAUUUCAAAGUUUGAAGUGGAUACAAGUUCAAGUGAACUAUAUAUCCAGUAACUGCAGAAAAAAGUGUUGUCAUCGAAGACACCAAAACCCUAGCCGCACAAGCAUAGAGGAGAGAACGUUCUCCAUCUUCUCAAGCAAGAGAGAGCGAUCUGCAUCACGUUUCCUCUACCAUGGAUGAGGAGAUGACGAAUCGAUUUUAACCGUCGGUAGCAUUGACGGAGGCGGCCGAGGUCGACUUAGGUUCUGAAGAAGAGGAGGCUGUCGUAACCACUGGCUUCUAUUUGGUGGGAGGCAUGCUUUGCCACGAGGAAGGAGAUGAACAAGGGCUGCCCGGAACUAUGGCAGUCUAGGAGAUUGACGAACAGACUGGUGAUUUUGGUUUUGGAGGGUGGACAUUUUCUUUUUCGGUUCAAAGUAGGGCUGUCACUCGGUCGGUUCGAAUCGGUAAUGGGCGUUAUCAACUUCAAAACCAAAGCUUUCGGUAAUGAAAUAUGACUUUCAAUUACCAAACCAAAAACUUCGGUAUGAGAUAAAUCUUACCAACUUCG